AUGGAUGUAAACGAUGUUGUAUUAUACAUGUCCUUUAUCUUCUAUCUGACAGCGGCACACGAAAGCACGCAGGGAAACUUUCCUUUGCAAGAUUGCAAAGAGAGCAGGAUACUCAUGCUAUCGCUGUUGGAUGAUAGCAUCCAUAUAUCCUGGAAGCAGCAGCACCAUUUGAUAAAGAAACUGUAUUCCCAAAUAAGACUGGUAAAAUCUGCCUUGUGGUACACAGCCUCAGUGGUUGAUGAGGUCAGUGCUCACACAGGGACCAAAAAUUUCACCAAAUGGUUUCGUGGAAAUGGGUUCGUCAAUGAUACUCCAUACAUGGGCGGGUAUGCAACACAUCUGGAGAUAACUAGAAAUGUAAGCACAAUUCUUGAGUUAAAGAUAGGUUAUGUUGAACAUUUAUUCGAAGAAAUCAGCUACCACGACAAAGAUAAAUCAGUUGGAACUGUCUUUCUUGAUGGUACAAAUUUCACAUAUGAAGAAAUAAGAAAAGUAUCAUCCAUUGUAGAACAGCGAAAAGCAGCCGAUGUGAAGAUAUUCGUUGUGAUAGUUGGUAAUAAACUUGUGGAGGAAAUCGUAUUCUUGUUCGACACUUUAGUGUUUCCCGACAUGGAAUUAGUGGAAUUCGAACAGCAAAUAUUAAUGGCAAUAUGCAACUUGUGUAGUCACAAUUGGUAUACCCAUCAACACAAAACCAGUUCAGAUAUGCUCUCUUGUUAUGCAAUCUUCCCCUUUUUUGGGUUUGACCCAUGGACUAGUCAAUCGCAGUCGUGCAGAAACUUUUAUAGCGGUUACUUAGCAGCAAUCGAAACUGUGGAAGAGAUGCAGUCUCUAAGGAAGAUAGCAUUUGAAGUGCUUGAACGACUUGAAGUUGAUGAAGGAUUUGAAGUGUCUGAAAUCAGCUUUCAUAUUGGACUUCGCAGAGAUGUAAGUAACUAUGCAAAACGAUUUCAAUGGGAGACCACUCCGGGAAGAUAUCAUCCACUGUUAAUCAAUCACUGGUUGCCAGGUAAACCUUCUAGACCAUUCGCUAGUAACGACUGUGGGGUAUGGCGUUUUACCAAUAUCCCUGUAAACGAUAACUAUAGUCCCAAAGUUUACGCGAAUAUCACCAAGCUCGUCUUAGAUGAGGGGUGGGCAGAUGUUUAUUGUCAAGAGAGAAUAUUCUCUUUAGCAAUAUGUGAGGUUGCUCUGCCCCGACAGAUUACUGAAAACAUACCAGAUCCAACUGAAAAUGAUACUCUGAAAUUUCUAAAAUGGCGUAAUCUGAGCUAUCGAACCAAUAUUGUCUCCGUCUCUGCAAACGUAGGAAACCCGACGUUUCUUCAAUUUUUGAGAGACACUAAGCGAGACUUUCCUAUUUUUGACUGUGGGGAAGAUGUCGGGGACGUUAGAUACAUUUCCUAUAGCAUGGUAUGUGACUUGGUUGAUCACUGCAGAAAUAAACGUGACGAACUGUCUUGUGUGAAUCCAUGGGAAAUAAUGCUUGAAGAUACACUGUUAUGCACAUCCGGACAACGUCUACCCAGCUCUGAUUACAUAUGUGACAAUGAAAAAGAUUGUAGAGACGGUAGCGACGAGGAUUACUGUAUGGAAGACAAUUGUAAAAGUUUACUAUGUCAGGAUGGUUCGUGCCUACCACUGCAAUGGAUCAAUGAUGGGCACUUUGAUUGUUUUAUUCACGACAAUAGCAAUACCACUUGUUUCCUGAGUGAUGAAAGCCCCAAUACAAAAGUGUAUCUAGAAAAUAACGCGAGUUGUGCGUUAGUAUGCAACCGGGACACUUGUAUAGAUGAGUCGAGACUCAGUGAUGGAGUCAAAGACUGUACAGGUUCUGAAGGACCACUAGAUGAGACUAUAGGGGCACUGGAACCUGCAAGCACUUGUAGAAAUGCAUUUGGACAUUUUAUCUGGGCUCCAAAGUGCCAUUAUAUCAAAUACAGAUACGGCGGGAUCACAGGCUGCAGGGAUAUGUCACAUCUGAGAGACUGCGAAAACGUCCAGUGUGGUCACGGAUAUGUGAAAUGCUAUAAGUCGUACUGUAUUCCUCGUCAUUAUCUGCGUGAUGGAAAAGCUGAUUGUCCUUCAGGAGAAGAUGAAAAACUGUUCUUUACUGGUCCGUGUACUGGCAAAGUUUUCGCUUGCUGGGACAGCAACCUUUGCCUCCACCCUGACCUAGUUUGUAAUGUUCGCCCCGACUGUCCGCAUGGCGAUGAUGAACUCGAUUGUCACGAAUUCUGCCCUAAAGGUUUCCGUUGUGUGGCAGGGACGGUUAUGCCAUCAGAUUAUAACAGCUCAGUGUUUUCUAAACCAGUUUUAACUGAUUUAGACACACGGACCAGAUAUCUUGACCUCUCAGGGGUAGAAAUGGAAACUAAUUUGUUAAAUACUUUUCUUGUGAAUGACAUCCCUUUUAAUUUGAAAGUCCUUAUUAUGUCUAAAUGCAACAUCAAAAGAUUAUAUAUUCCCAAGCUUGACAAAAACGGUAAAAAACCACCACCAUUUAUGAUACAGAAACUGGAUAUUAGCUACAAUAUUUUCGAAACAUUUUCCGAACUUGAUUACAAUUAUCAUUAUAAAUACAUAAAUUAUCUAAAUUUAUCAUACAACCUGGAGUUGCGGUUGUUGACAGAUUUACGAUUCAGUUUACUAGAAAUACUUGAUCUAUCUUUUACAAAUAUUUCCUACCUAAAUGAUUCAGUGUUUGCAGCAUUGCCUAGACUGAUGCAUCUCAAUUUAAGCCAGACCCUGAUUUCCGAUUUCAGGGGACUAUAUUUCGGUUCCAAACGUACACUACAGACACUUGACUUACGAGGAAUUCCUGCUGAAGAUAUUCAUGACUACUCAUUCCAUGGCCUUAAGAUAAGUCAGGCAUUGUAUACUGAUCAUUUUGAGAUUUGCUGUCCUAAAACUAAAGGUCUAAUCAUUGCAUCGCACGCGUGCAUAGCAUCUGUCAGUGGAGACGCUAUUUCAUCAUGUUUUAAUCUGCUAGGACUUUCAGUUCAGCGAUAUCUUCUCUGGGUCGUAGCAUCACUUGCUGUUCUGGGAAAUGUGACGGUAAUUCUGUAUCGUGUAAUCUGGGAUAGAUCAGUUCUCCAGACAGGAUUCGGUGUGUUUGUGACAAACUUGGGAAUAUCUGACUUUAUUAUGGGAGUGUAUCUGUUCAUUAUUGCCGGGGCUGAUUAUUUCUGUCGUGACAGUUACGUUCUACAUGACAAGACCUGGAGGACCAGUGUUGUCUGCAAGAUAGCUGGGUUUAUGGCUUGUCUUUCCUGUGAAGCAUCUACGUUCUUUGUUUUUCUCAUCACUCUAGAUAGGUUUCUGGUGAUGAAGUUUCCGUUUGGCCAAAAGAAAUUAUCUAAGUUUAAUAAAAUUAGCGCUGUUGUGGUGUCUUGGGCGGCAAGUUUCCUUCUAGCACUGGUUCCCAUUGUGUUUAGUUUUGACAUAUAUUCAUCCAACGCAAUGUGUCUUGGUCUACCAUUAACAAACACAAAAGCUAAAGGUUGGAUUUACUCAGUUGUUGUUUUUGUUAUUUUUAACUUUAUUUUGUUUCUCUUCAUUGCAUACGGUCAAUACGCGAUCUUCCGUGCCAUGUCGGAGAAUAGAAUAUCUAAGACAGCAGGUAACAUACCUCGUUCGCGACGUGUCGAAGAUAUAACAGUAGCCAAACAGUUGUCCCUUGUAGUUCUUUCUAAUUUUCUCUUUUGGUUUCCUGUUGGAGUUAUGGGACUUAUGUCAUUGGGUGGUCAUGGGGUCAGCAGUGAGAUUUAUGGCUGGACAAUAGUGCUCCUACUUCCCGUAAACUCUGCUGCAAAUCCAGUUUUGUAUACUAUUCCUGCCAUAAUGGCCAGAUGGGAAAAGUUCAAAGCUGGAGAUUAG